CGAGAAGAGUGCUGCUGUCAGAAAGAUUGUGUAUUGUUUUCCUGGGAGGAAAAUUGCAUUUCCAGAGGGAAAUCCACUCUCUGUCCGCUCAUGUCCAAUCACUAUGAGGUUCCCAAGUGGGCAGGAAAGCCACCCACGGGCUUUCAUUUGGACGUCCUGAAGGAGGACAAGCUCAUCCAGAAGCUGAUGAUAGAUGAGAAAAAGUGCUACCUGUUUGGGAGGAAUUCCCAGCUGAAUGACUUUUGCAUCGACCACCAGUCGUGCUCGCGUGUCCACGCAGCUUAUGUGUAUCACAAGCACCUGCACAUCUCCUAUUUGGUGGAUCUGGGCAGCACGCACGGCACCUUCAUCGGCAAUGUGCGGCUGGAGGCGCACAAGCCCACGCAGCUGCACAUGAACUCGCAAUUCCACUUUGGUGCUUCCACGAGAUCCUACAUUCUGCGCGAGCGCCCCACGACGGGCGUCCGGCCGAACAUCAUGGAGGACCUGCCGCUCAGCGAUGCCCCGGAGGGCGCCCUCCUCGGCCUGCCAGAGAGCCAGAGCGAGCUGGACAACUUGACUGAGUACAAUACGGCCACCAAUCGGCGAAUCUCAAUGCUGGGCAUCGCCGAUGACUCGUACAAGAGCAACCUGGACAAGGACAAGUCCAACCGGAAGAGGAUGCGCAAAUGUGUGACGUUCAACGAUGACGAGAUUGUUAUCAAUCCCGAGGACAUCGAUCCUACGAUCGGGCGCUUCAGGAACCUCAUCCACACGACAGUUGUGCCCACGAAGAGGGCCAAGAUGGACAUCGGCAUCCCCACGACGUCCAGCAGCAGCGCCGUGGACGCCAAGCACCUGCAUCCCACCGCCCUGGUGCCUCAUCUCUACCACGGCCUGCCGCCAUCGGCCGAGGAGGGCAAAUUCGACGCGGACGACGAAGCGACGCCGCUGAGCCUGGGUUCGAAGCUGGGCCUGCUACUGCCCAAUCCGGCGCCCGACGUCCUGCCCACGGGAGUGGCGGAGGCGCCAGAGGCUAUGGCGCCGCCACAGACCACCCAGGCGCGCCUCGAGGAGCCCGAGAUGCACGGCGAUGAGCCACGAAAGAAGAAGUACGCCAAGGAAGCGUGGCCAGGACGAAAACCACUGAUGAGUGGACUCUAAGCAUGAGAUUUGUGUAAGCUGACAUUGUGAGAUUCGCGAGAAUACAAGAUUUAACCCUCCUGAA